CUUUAUUAGUCUGCAUUGUACUUGUUUACGCCCGUGUGUAACACUGAAAUAUUUCCGGCGGAAGUUGAGCUCACGGCCUGGUUAAGAAAUGGCGAGCGGAAUCGGCAAACACAAAAUACUGAAUGUGGGGCCAACAGAGCCAUGGUCGGUCAGGGAGAAACUCUGCCUGGCUUCCUCUGUUAUGAGGAGUGGGGACCAAAACUGGGUGUCUGUAAGUCGAGCCAUCAAGCCUUUCUCAGAGCCUGGCCGUCCACCAGAUUGGUUUUCACAGAAGCACUGUGCGUCACAGUACUCCGAGCUCCUGGAGGCCACUGAAGCACCUAAGCGUAAGCGCGGGGAGAAGGGUGAGGUGGUCGAAACUAUUGAAGAUGUAAUCGUUCGAAGGCUAACCACUGAGAGGAUAGAGGAACUGAAAAAACUACUGCGAGACACACAGGAGCAGUACAGGAAGUUGAAGAAGGAGGUAGAUCUUAUCCAGACCGGUCACAUGGACUCCCAGCUGAAGGAGCUGUGGACGGAGAUCACACUUAAGAAGAAGCAGGAUGAGGAGGAAGCAGAGCAGAAGAGGAAAGCCACAGAAACGGCGUACCAAGUUCGUCAGGCAGUGAAAAACACCCCGAAGCGUCUGCCUAGUGUUACUGUACGCUCUCCCCUGGGUGCUAGCCCUCCCACCAUGGACUCUCAGGGUGACUCUUCAGUCUCCACGCCGCCCAUGGACACUGGAAGUGCGACCUCUGAGGACACCACCACCACCACUACCACCACCACCCACUUAGUUGCCCAGGGGGUUGGAGUGUUUCUACCAGCGGCUGAUGCUCCAGGCCCGGGGGCCAAAGAUGGAGGCUUGGCCGCUCUAGUAGAAGAUACACCGCAAAAGAGGCUCAUAGCCCAGAAAGCCACUCCACCACCAUCUCCUCUUCUGUCAGAGCUGCUGAAGAAAGGCAACCUCAUCUCAGCCAGCCCCCGUUUAGUUGGAGAGGGAGACUGUACUGGAAGCCUCACUAAUGGAGUCCAGACAGCUACCACAGUCACCGCUUUACCACCCGGUCAUGAGAUCAUCACAGAGGGUGACGCUGCAGUGAAAGUAGAGCUAGGAGAAGAGCUUGUGGAAGAGGACCUUGUAGCUGUGUCUUACAUGGGAGAUGAGUUGGACCUGGAGACAGUGGGAGACAUCAUCGCCAUCAUUGAGGAGAAGGUGGAUGACUCCGUGGAGGCUUUGGAUGCAGCAGCAGUGGAAGCAGCUCUCUCUUUGUGCGAAGAGGCUGUCUCAGAAGGACACACCCUUCCUGGCCCCUGGGAGACCCAGGAGCUGAAGGCCUCAGACCCAGCACCCACAGUCCAAGAUCCAACGCCGGAGCCUCAAGUGACCCCGGCAUCGGGCUUGAUCCCUACAGGCUUAGAGACCCAGAAUCAAUCAGAAAACAAAAGAGAGGAGCAGAUCAAGGGAAACUGUGAAGGACCUGAAGUGACAGGAAGUGAAGUCACUUCUUCUUCUGUCAACUCUGAGGAUGGAGCCACAGGGACUGAGGUCACAGGGGAAGGGGUGGCAGGUAGGGAGGUCACAGAGGCAACAGUGAAGAGUGAAGGCGAGGAAUGGAGCCAGCCGGAGCCUAACCCACCUUGUCUGGACUCUGAGGACAGCUCUGUGUCCGGGAAGGAGUCCAAGGUUAAGGAGGAGGAGGCAGGGAGCGAAGGGGACCCAGAAGAAGGGAUGGAGCUGAAGGAGGAAUGUGGGGAGGGGGAGGGACCCUACCUGUCGGAGGUGGAGCGGGCAGCUAGUGAAAGUGAAGAUGGUUACGGCCCACCCUCCCAACGCUACACAGCAGAUUCACUGGCCAGCAGCCCAGCUUCCUCCUCUCAGCUAUCUACAUGUGGUGAGGACCAGGAGGCCGUGCAGGCGCAGAAAAUCUGGAAGAAAGCCAUAAUGCUGGUGUGGAGAGCUGCAGCCAACCACAGGUAUGCCAGUGUCUUCCUGCAACCUGUGUCAGACGACAUCGCGCCUGGUUACCACAGCAUCGUGCACAGACCCAUGGACCUGUCGGCGAUCAAGAAAAACAUCGAGUCCGGUGUGAUCCGUACGACGGCUGAGUUCCAGCGCGACAUCAUGCUGAUGUUUCAGAAUGCCGUCAUGUACAACUCGUCGGACCAUGACGUGUACCACAUGGCUCUAGAGAUGCAGCGUGACGUUCUGGAGCACGUCCAGCAGUUCUUGGCCACACAGCUCAUAAUGCAGACCUCGGAGAGCGCCAUCUCUGCAAAGAGCCUCCGCGGCAGGGAGGGGAACCGUAAGCCAGGAGAGCCAGCUGAGAAGGAUGGAGGCACCAGGGGUCGCCGUAGUGCCAUGGAGGCAGACCUCAAAAUGAAGAAAUAGACUGAGAUUUCAGACUGAAGAUACUCUGAACGACAAAGAGCUGCUCUGUGAAUCCGAACACGGAGCUGAAUAUGUCACAUGAUGUUUUCUGAGGAGGACUGUGAAAGCUGUGCGUGUGUGUCUGUGUAACCUUACUCAUCCUACAUAAGCAUAGAUAAGGGUUCAUAUGGACUUGAACAUCUAUUGGCUUGUGUGGGCGAGCGAUCAAGCCUCCCCUUGACUAGUUCAUCUGAUUCAUAUGAUUGGUUCAUGUGCAGGGCACCACUUUACCCAAGUAUCAUUUCACCAGCAAUGGUAGUAGUUUGUCAUUUCACUUCACGAAGGAGCAACACUAAAGAGAGACUUUUUUUCACCAGCAAACGUUUGUUCGGGAUCAAAUGGUAGAGGCUAAGGAUUGAACAUGUGCAGCCAUGGAUCCAGUGAGACCCGUGCAGCACAUCGGGCUGCUCCAAAUGCAACCAACUUAUUGAGACAACAUCAGUUUGAUCACUCUAAAACAUGAAUGUGAGAUCCACAGAAAAUCUAUCUGGUAACCCAUUUAGAAAAAUGCCUUUUUUUUUAAUGAACGUAUUUAUGAAUGACUGUCUUCUUUAAGAAAGGUAAUGAUGUCAUCAAACUGGUGGCUUCUGUCUGUUUAGUUUAGUUAUGGGCGAGAGUGCCUCCUUGUGUCAUCCAUGUAAUAGCUCAUUAACAGCAAAUUGCAUUUAUAAUACUGCUGACCAGUUUCCAAGUCUGUAGAUGAACCACCUACCUUCUCACAGGCCUGUCUAGUCUACACAGCAGAGAUGUGAGGCUGCAGGAGAGGACACUUUAUUAAAGUCCUGCAUACACAACAUUUAGUUUGAAGUCUAUUUGGUGUUGCAUUCAAGUACACUAAGGCAUCUGGAAACUGACAUUCUAUGUCAUCCAUGUGCAGAAUAAAAAGUAGGUGUUAUUGAAGUGUUUAAAAGUGCAUAUUGUUUUGUUCUUUUGUUUAACCGGUUUGUAUUGAGCAGCAUUUAUAUCCCUGAUGUCAAAGUGUUCUUGAAUGCACCGAGGGCAUUAAGUCCAGUACUUAGCAGCAUUUUUGAAGAUGUGAUGAAACAAAUUUCUGUGUUUUGAAGGCAGAUAAUCGAAGUUAUUCUAAAACUGAAUUUGGUAUUCCCUGUGAAGUAGUUGUCAGUAACGUUAAAUACAGUUAAGUAUGUUAAUGGGCUUAAAAAAGAUGGAGGUUGUUGCUGGAUAUUAUCAAUGCAUCCCUAUUGGUCACUUAGGAUGUUGUCAGCGUGCUGAUUAAUUAGCAUAAGAAUGUGUGUUUUAUGUGUUAGAGAGGAGUACAAAGAAUACGUUUUGUACCUGUGAGAUGGAUCAUAGAUUUGUGUUUGGGUAGCCAAUACAUGUAUCAUGUUUUCUGUUGUACAUUUGUUAAAUAAAUAAGUUUAUUUGAUCUAAACCUGAAA